AUGUCUGGGUUCCCCGCGCAACAGCAAACACAAGCUCGCAAUGCGACGCUAGCCUCGGCGCGGUUGCCGAAUGGGAAGCUGGGAAGCGGCGCGAGCUGGAAUUUCAAUCUACCUGUGAGCGGAGCGCCAGGUCUGCAGAGCAACCAACAGCGAGGCAUCGGAGGGAUGGGUACCUUCGCACAAAGCAUCGGGAACUCCCAGCCCAAUACACCCCUGGAUCUCUCCGAGUUUCCUUCAUUAUCAGGUGCACCCCAGCAGUCCCAGUCACAGAAUCCAGGGCAGUUAGUGUGGGCGAAUGCCAGUCAGCGUGCGUCACAGCAGACCCCCGUUCAAAGACAGCAGCACCCUCCCAUUUCUCAGACUCCUUCCCGAGGGGCGCAGACUCCAUCGCACAUCUCCCAGCAACAAACACAACCCGCCAACGACGAUCUUUUCCCGUCCGGUGCGCAAUUUGCGAAUCGGCUGGACGACUUCCGAGGCGGCGGGCAAGGAAUAAGCAGUCAGUUAGGGACCAGCUCUCAGCCUCAGACCGGCAAUAUCGAAGAGUUUCCACCGUUGGGUCGGAACCUCCACGGAGAACUGGGUCAAGAACGCAGAGAGACUCUGCUGCAAAACGCAAGGCUUGGCAGUUACAAUACCGGCUUGGGCUUCUCUGCCGUGAACCAGUCCCAGUCAUCGCAGAAUCGCAACGUGAUGUCGACGACGGCCAAUGGGCAAGAACCGACGAGGAUAAUGUCCCCUGCAUCCGCGGGGCCUGGAGGUACAGCUUCCCUCUCUCGGCAUGUGUUUCCUCGUACGGCAGGACCGCAGGCUAACCGAGUCCAGGCAUAUCAGCUUCACGGUCACCCGUUCACCAAAGGUCGAAUGGCGUUCUCGGACAAGACAAAGAGUACUUUGCUGUCAGCGCAGCAGCAACAGAUGCAGCAACGGUCGCAACAAACAGGGGUCGUCAGCGAAGGACAAGAACCCCAAACCUCAUCGCAAAGCGCCGAACAACCCCCCCUCUCUCAGAUGAGCGAGCUGGACAGAUUCGGGCUCGCGGGGCUGCUCCGGAUGAUUCAUAGCGAAAGCCCCGAUGUUGCCAGCCUUGCGGUCGGCCAGGAUCUGAUGACUUUAGGCUUGGAUUUGAAUCAGCCUGAGCCGCUUCAUACGUCUUUCGCCUCGCCGUUCAUUUCUUCCAUGUCAGCCGUGCCUCUGGAGCAAGAUUUCAACCUUCCCUCGUGUUAUAGUGUGGCAAACAUCCAGCCUCUUCAGACUCGGAUUCCGAGCUUUAGCGACGAGACGCUAUUCUACAUCUUCUACAGCAUGCCCCGUGACAUCAUGCAGGAACUUGUUGCAGAGGAGUUGAUGGGCCGCAAGUGGCGGUACCACAAAAUUGAACGCUGCUGGCUGACUCGUGACGAGACCUAUCCUGGCCCGGUUGACGUCGAACGGGGUGUGAGCGAGCGAGGAGUCUAUCUUCUGUGGGAUCCAACUAGCUGGAAGAAAGUUCGGCGUGAAUUUAUCCUUCGAUACGAAGAUCUAGACAACAGGCUGGAUCCCAAUAGCCGGGUCACCCGUUCGGUCGGGAUGCCUCAGCAUGUCUCAUGA